UGUAGCGCAGUGGAAACUGGAGAGCGAGAGAAGACAACAGGAGUGGCGCUGGAGAGAGACGACGACGAUGAUGAUGAUCGGGCGAGGUGUCACCCUUCACAAUCCGACGGUCCACGUGCCACCCUGGUCCUCUUUCGAUGAUCCGAUGGCCGGCGACGGCCUCCCCGACGAGGCCACGCUCGCGGCGCUGCAGCUCUACCUCCGCCGCGAGGAGGAGGCGGGGGAGGACAACGCUCGGUUGGUGGACGCGUACGCAUCGGACGAGUUCCGGAUGUACGAGUUCAAGGUGCGGCGGUGCGCCCGGGGGCGCGCCCACGACUGGACCGAGUGCCCCUUCGCUCACCCGGCGGAGAAAGCCCGCCGUCGCGACCCUCGGAAGCACCGAUACUCCGGCUCCCCCUGUCCGGACUUCCGCAAGGCCAGUGGGUGCAAGCGCGGCGACGUAUGCGAUCUUGCCCACGGGGUGUUCGAGUGCUGGCUCCACCCCGAUCGCUACCGCACCCAGCCCUGCAAAGACGGAACCGCCUGCCGCCGCCGCGUUUGCUUCUUCGCCCAUACCCCCGAUCAGCUCCGUGUGGUGCCUCCACACCAUCAGCAGAGCUCGCCGACGGCAGCAGCCGCUGGCGUCGACUCCUACGACGGGUUGCCUCUUCACCAGCAGUCGUUCAUGCAGCCUUAUCUUCCCAAGAAUCUUGUCUCCUCGCCAACGUCGGUGCGGAUCUCGCCGCCCAACUCCCCGCCGACGGAGUCGCCGCCGAUAUCACCCAACGGCGCGCAGCUGGGUUCAUGGCAUGCUGGCUCGUCGGUGAACGAGAUCGUGGCGUCGCUGAGGCAGUUACAGCUCAGCAGGGCCAAGUCGGCGCCAAGCUCCUGGGGGUUGCAGGUGGGUAGCGGUGGGUUUGCCUCGCCAAGCGCGUUUGCAGGAUUUAAUGCUGGCUUCUGCAGCCUGCCAUCGACUCCGACGGCUAGUACGAUGAUAUGUGGCGAUGCCAGGUGGCUGGAGGAAGUGGAGCCGGCGGAGAGGGUGGAGUCCGGGAGGGCUCUGAGGGCGAAGAUGUUCGAGAGGCUGAGUAAAGAGAACAUUUUUGAGAAGGCAGAGGCCGCGCCGGACGUCGGGUGGGUGUCAGAGUUGCUGCAGUAGCAGAAAGAUGCUAAUGGCAAAGUGAAGGGUCAAAAAGUGAUGAAGAUUUGAAGGAAGAAAAAUAUGCUAUUAUCCUCAAUUCUUUCUUGAAUUGUUGCCAACGUUGGGAUCUCCGAGGUCAAAAAAAAAAGAAGAAAAAAAAAAGUUGUCUCCUGUUGUAUAUAUAUAUAUAUAUGAAGAGUAGCGGAGGGUUGGAUCAGAUUUGGGUUAGAGAAUGAGGAAUUCAAUAACUAUUAUGCUGCUUCUGCCGUACCAGGAAGGGUUGAAUGAGUGCUGAAGACUUCUAGAGGAGGAAGCAGCAUUCUGCGGAAACUGCAUUAUUUGGGUCAUCGACGUCUUGCUUUUUCUUGUCAUUCUGGUUAUGCUGGAUGUCCAGUUUGAAAUAUUGGACCUGUAAAUAGGGUGUUAUAGUAGCAUCUCUGUCACCAUGUUGACAUUGUGUAUCUUAAGUUUCCAUCCAGUGGAUUUCAGAUGUUUCUUUUCAUAAGCGGUUCUUUUCUUGCU